CCGUUAGUCUUUUGUUAUAUAUUAUAUAGCUGCUUUAGCUUAAGCUUUGCUUUUUGUGCCAAAUCCAUCUUUCAUGGGGAAGAUUGGAGGAAACUCUUGGUUGGCUGCAGUGAAGAAGGCUUUUAGGUCACCUAACAAGGAAAAUAAGAAGAGGAGCUCUAGGAGGAGAGAAGAUAACGAACAAGAGGAGGAAGAGAAGAAAAGAGGAAAACGAAGAUGGGCUUUUAAGAAGCCUUCACAUAAUGAAACAAUAAUACAUCACGGUGAAGCAAAGACUUUGACUACUACUACAAGUAGUGCUAAAGAGGCCACCAUUCCCGAAGGUGGUGAAGCUGAGAAAAGGCAUGCCAUUGCGGUGGCCAUUGCCACUACAACUGCUGCUCAAGCAGCAGUAGCCACAGCCCAAGCAGCUGUUCAAGUCGUUCGCCUCACUAGGCCUUCUGUUUUCGUCACACGACGACACCUUUCUGCCAUUGUUAUACAGACAGCUUUCAGAGGACAUCUGGCAAGGAGAGCUCUCCGGGCACUAAAGGGGCUGGUGAAGCUUCAAGCGUUGGUGCGAGGCCAUAAUGUUCGAAAGCGAACGAAUAUUAAUUACACUGAGUGUAGGGAAGAGAUCUGCAAUGUGGAUGAUUGGAUACACCCGAAAACACUGCAGGAGUUUCGAGGAAUUCUGCAGAAAACAAAGGAAUCUACCUCGAAACGUGAAAAGGAUCUUUCUCAUGCCUUCUCUCACCAGAUUUGGAGAACUGAAAGUGAGGAAGAAGAGGGAAAAACCAAAGGGAAAGAUCGGUGGCCGACUGGUCGGAUGUCGUGUGACCACAUAGAUCACAUAAAAACUGUUGAAAUCGAUACCGGUAGACCUUACUCCGACCAACAACAGAGGCCUAGUUCAUUUUGCGUCGCCUCCUCUGUCCACAAAGCCAACAAUAGUCUCCCCAUUCGCUCAAUCAUCCCAUCAAAACCAAAGCCUCUCCAAAAGUACUCGGGUAGCCCUCACUACCUCAAAGAAGAGAAGAGGCACCCACCACCACCACCUCAUGCACCAAACUCUUGCACCCAUGGAAUUCCAAACUAUAUGGCAGCUACAGUAUCUGCUACGGCUCGGUUUCGGUCUCAAAGUGCACCGAAGCAGAGGCCUCCAGAGAAGGAGAAAGUGAGAUGUGUCAAGGAACGCCUGUCGUUUGCAGACCCCGACCAAUGUGGUGUUAGAAGGUGCAAUGAUCAUGUUCAGGAUUAUAACUCAGAGCACAAAUCGAGCUUAUCUUCUUAUCCAGAUAGUCUUGGGGAAGAAAUCUUUCCACCUUCAACGAAUGAUAUUAAGAAGUGGUUGAGGUAA